CUGACUUUCUUUUCCUCUUUCUUUUUCUGCACUACUCCAAAGACCAGUCUUUAAAUGACAAAAAUCCGCUUGCCGGAUAUACCAUCUUAGUCAAUUCUGCUCUUCUACCCUCUUUCUAAAUUGAAAAUCUUGUGGCUUCCUUGUAUCGAUCCUCACACGCUCCUUCUUCAGGGCUUUCGCUUUUAUUUCCUCAGCUUCACAGAUUCUUCCUUUUUUAUACGGUUCAAAAGGCACCAUAAACUCAGUAGCAGUUCUGCAUUCCCUUUACAAUAUUUUUCCAAGUCUUGGCUUGUUUUGUUCGUCUAAGAGAACUAAUGGUUUUGCCUUUUCCAUGAGAUCCGUUUGCAAAACCUUUUCAUUAACGUCGACCUAGUUUGGCAGUUUUGUCGUUAAAAAUCAAAAAAGCACAGCUUGCCAGUUUUUGGCAUCAGUUCUCAAAACCCAACUCUUAUUUUUGGCUAACUUCCGUGCCUUUUAAGCUUGUUGUAGUAGCAUAUCUUUGGCAUAAGAUUGUUCUGUUCCGAUCUGAUCUCAGGCUUCGGAUCUGACAUUAGCUAGCUGUAGCGAAUUUAAAGUCAAACCGGGGUCUUUUUCUUUUAUGGGCUGUAUCAUCUGAACGAAGGUAAUUUGUCCAUAUCCUUCAACUCUUUCCGAGGUUUAGAAAAGGAGAACAUGGGAGAUUGGGAGCAGAAGAAUCUUAUAAACGAGCUAACACAAGGGAGAGACCUAGCGAGGCAGCUCAAAAGCCAUCUCAAUGCGCCAUCUUCGUCUCAGGAGAGCCGCGAAAUCUUAGUCCAAAAGAUCUUGGCUUCAUAUGAAGCGGCACUCUCCAUGCUUCGAUGGAGCAGCUCAGAUCUGCCACAGCCGUUAAGGGGUGCAAUUCAAACGUCGGAAUCCCCACCUUCUCUAGUUGGCAGUCCGCGGAGCUUAGAUUCAGAUCGGGACCUUAAGAAACCGGAGCACAGGGAUAUGGCCUCUAGAAAGAGAAAGGCUUUACCAAUGUGGACACAACGAGUAAGAGUUAGCCCAGGGAUGGGACUCGAUCAAGGGCGUCUUAAUGAUGGCUUUAGUUGGAGGAAAUAUGGGCAGAAAGAAAUUCUUAAUGCCAGAUACCCAAGAGGCUAUUACAGGUGCACUCAUCGAAGUGUCCACGGUUGCUUGGCAACAAAGCAAGUUCAACGUUCUGGUGAAGACCCGACGAUGUUUGCAAUCACUUAUCGAGGAAGGCAUACGUGUGCCCAAGCCUCCAACAUAAUAAUACCUUCCCCACCAUCACCUGAAAAUCAAGAACCCAACCACAGCAUGCUCGAUCUUCAGCCUCAUAACCGCCAACCACAGCAAAUUCAGCAACUACAUGGAUCACAAGAAAUGCUCUGGAAUUUCCAGGCAAGCCUCAAAGUUGAAACCGAGAACUUAGACGCCCACGACGGCCGAUCGUUUCCCAGCAUGUUUGACUUCCCUUCUACUUCGAAUAUUGAGGCUGAAACACAAAAGUACUUUCCGGACUCUGUACUGAUAGAUAACAACUUUGUGGGAAGCUAUUCUCCAUCGUUCAUGUCUCCUGCAACAUCUGCAACAAAUUAUUUCUCAGUCAUGUCCCCGAGUGGGAUGAGUAUGGAUAGCUUUGGACUAGGCCGGCGUCAGCAUUUUCAAGGCUGCGAUCAGUCUGAGCUUACUCAUGAUCAGAUAUCAUCAGUUGCAACCUCAGCUACAAAUUCUCCCACGGUUGGGUUGGGUUUUCCAUUUGGCACUCCUGAAUUCGAUGCCACCUUCACAUUAGACAACCCAGGAUUCUUUUCCUAGUUUAAUUCAUACUUCGCUGAGAGAAAUUAUAAACUGAUCAAUAUAGCAUUAGAUGUGAUCAGGUAAAGUACUUAUUUUUCUAGUUUGAAAAAAAUAUUUUUUAGCUUUUUCUCCAAAAAAAUAAAAACUCAUACGUCUUACAAGAUGUAAUCAUGUAACCAUGCAUGUAGUAGCUAGCUAGCUUUUAAUUGUGGGGUAAAAAAAGGUGCAUGAUCAUGUGAUCAGGAUAAGUUGGAAAGCUUGUAAUACCAGUAUAAAUCAUCUCUCUGUUGGGCUUGACUCACAUCGAUUGUAGAAGGGGUGGUGGUCAAUUUAUAAGUAUGAAGGAAAACCUCACUUCACACUCUCUUAAUUCGAUUACUUUUUAGAGAA